CUCACUGUUCACAAUGCCUCAAACUUCCAGUCAAUUUGAAAUUAAUAUGCAAGAUAUAUUAGUUAUUUUGAAUAAUUCUAAAAGACCGAUGAUUGAAGGUGAGGCAGUACUCUUAGCAAAUCAUAUUUUAUUAUGUGGUUUUACAACUAGAGAUAAAAGAAGUAUUAAUUUUGUUUCUUACGUCGUUAAAUCUUCAAAAAUUCAUGAUACUCCACAUGAAGUAAAAAUAAAAAUAUCUGUUACUCAAACGACGAAAAAGAUAUGUUGUAAUUGUUCUUGUCCAGCUGGUACAGGUGGAAAAUGUAAACACAUCUUUGCAACUUUGUUAUUUAUUAAUAGGAGUAGAGUAGCUAAUUUACAGCCAGUAAGCUGCACCGAUUCAAGGCAAAAAUGGGGAAAAUUUAAAAAAUUCUUUAAUCAUCCCUAUGUAAAUAAUGCUCUACCCAUUCAUAAUUAUUGUCACUUUAAAAAAGAAGAUGUGACAGUUAAUUAUAAUAAAGUCAGUGAUAAAUUAAAAACGUCUUUUUUUAAUAGACUAAUAUCUUGUACACCUAAUGGUGAAGCUACUAUACACUUUUCUAAGAGACGACAGACUAAGAAGUUUAUCAACACCAUUUCAUAUAGUCAAGAAUUAUAGAUAAUUUACUGGGUAGAACACAUUUAAUUGGAACUCAAAAACUAGAUGUUGAUUUUACAUCUGAAUUUUAUGACAAAUAUGUAAAAUUAACGAGGGAUGAU